GUGAAGCCAAAGGGGGUGACAAUGACUGCUUUAUUGGCUAAAGCUGCAGGGAUGGCUCUUGCUCAGCAUCCUGUGGUGAACGCAAGCUGCAAAGAUGGGAAGAGUUUUAGUUACAAUAGUAACAUUAACGUUGCCGUUGCUGUUGCCAUCAAUGGCGGGUUGAUUACGCCUGUUCUACAAGAUGCUGAUAAGUUGGAUUUGUACUUGUUAUCUCAAAAAUGGAAAGAGCUGGUGGGGAAAGCUAGAAGCAAGCAAUUGCAACCUCAUGAAUACAACUCUGGAACUUUCACUUUAUCGAAUCUCGGUAUGUUUGGAGUGGAUAGAUUUGAUGCUAUUCUUCCUCCAGGACAGGGUGCUAUAAUGGCCGUUGGAGCUUCGAAACCGACUGUAGUUGCUGAUAAGGAUGGGUUCUUCAGUGUGAAAAACAAAAUGCUGGUGAAUGUGACAGCAGAUCAUCGUAUUGUCUACGGAGCUGAUUUGGCUGCUUUCCUUCAAACCUUUGCAAAGAUCGUUGAGAAUCCAGAUAGCUUGACCUUGUAGUACAAGUCAAUGAGCCGUUUUUUUUCUCAAGUAAACAAAAAGAAGAAGUGUUUUGAUUGUUACACUGUUCUUAGUCCUGUUCUUUCUUUUGCAGAUUGGUUCACUUGUAUCUGUAGUUUUGGACCUUUGUUGUGUCUUGGUUUUUCCGGAGUAAUCAUUUUGGGUUUUACACAAAUAAUUUCAGCUUUGAAAUGGUUUUCCCAGAAUAAUCAUUUCAGUAGACGCCGCCCAUUAUCUAUCACCAGUUCACCUCUGAAAUUUAUUAACAUUAUUCUAAAAUCA